UGAUAACAAACCAAUUAAGGCCUGACACGUCAGGACAACAUCAAAUCAUGUACGUUUCACUUUUCCUGUCAUUUUAUGGAUUAUUUACAAUUCAAGCAACCUAUGCCCAGUCGUCUGGAACAAAUAAUGUUUUCAAACCCGAUUUCGGCAAACAAAAACAACUUUAUAAAGUCGUCACACAAAAUCAUGGACUAUUGGUAAAAAAUCAUAUAAAACCACUGGGACCACUGCCUCCAUCAGCAAAUACAUCAGAGAUUUUGGAAAAUCCAACAACAAGUAAAAUAUUUUUUAAACCCAACUUUGGUAAACAAAAGGAAAUAUUUAAAGUUUCGCUAAAUAAUCGGGGACUAGUGGUUAAAAAGCAUUUGAAUGCAUUAGGCACUAUGCCAAACAAAAAGUUGCCAUUAAGUUUAACUGCAAAGGAAACAUCAAUUAUGGAAAUAUCGAAUGAUACUAUCGAUUUUGAAACCUCUAUAGAACAGUUAUCAACAGAAGAAUAUGUUGGUACAAAUUAUGGAGACUUAAAACCAGGAAAUUGUUCGAAUGAUACAGUUAAUGAAUUUGUGGAAUUUACUGAGAAUUUUGAAUCAGAAGAUCUACCAUCAAUUUAGUUCCAA